AUGCAACUCAAGAUGCAACUCAAUACAGAGCUCGACCCAGAGCUAACCGCAGGGCUCGACAUGAAUAUGCUAAUCAUAAUCCAGAUCAACAUGCAAUCACAAGCAAGCCCCCGCUCCUCUGCGAGCAGCAACAGAUCCUACGAAGCCACCCCGGAGAGUAAGUUGACGGCUUUCAGCCCUGAGGAUCGUGUUACCCUUUCCAAGCUCAAGUCAACCACCUCAAAGGCUAGUAGCACCCCCCUCAAAGCAGGCCAUCAUGAUCCCUUCGUUACGGCAAAGCCAAAGCUCUCCGCCACUGCCAUGGCAUUUCAGCCAUUCGCAGUCCCUUCUGGUCAACCUGCAGCGAGCUCUUCUGCCGCUCGCGGUAGUAGCUCGUCAAUGUCUCCCAUUCAUGCCGACUACUCUCAAAAGCAAAAUCUCAACGUUGGCGAGAAUGAUCAUUAUGGCACCUUUACAACAAACACUGGUGCCUCUCGCUGUAUGAAGAUAUCCUCAAUCUACGGUGCUGAUGUCGAGAACUUGGUUGCUGCAUCUCUCAAGGUAAGCCUUUCCCUCUUUUCCCCUUUGCAAACGGUUCAAUUCUCACCUCUGUCAUAGAAGCUCGAGGUGACAAAGUGGAAGCGCCUUGGCACGAACCGCUUGACCAUUAUGAAUAACACCGUGUAUAUUCGAGAGUCGAAUAUUGCUGAUGCUGCUCAUAUUUACACUGCGUUGAAGGUCGAUAACCUAGAGACCCUUGAAGUAUCGUACAUCAAGCCGACAGCUUGGGCUCAGGUAAGCUGCUCCCCAAUCUAUCAAGAUAUUUUCUGAAUACAUUGAACAUAGGUUGUAUCCCCCGGUCCUUCCAAGCCGUCCGAUUAUGAAGGAGAAGUCAUUCUUGAGGCUUUUUAUCCUGUCGAUCGAGUUGUAAAUCAACAAGAAGUCGAAGUAUCACUUCGAAAGCUGCUAGCCACUGAAGGCCCGCUUUGCGCGUGGCGAAAGCUCCCUUCCCAUCAACCCGGUUCCUACAAGCUUCUUGCCGAGUUCUUCGAUGCAGCAAUUGCCACUCGAGCUAUCGGUAGAAUUCUUGCGAUGAAUAAGAGCGUAAGUCGGGCUAGAUUCCACUGGUUCAUCUGAAGAGCGUUUGACUGACUGUUUUGCAGAAGGAACUCCCAGUUUCGAUCACAGCAAAGCAACAUAACCCAGAGUUGCACACCGAUACUCGUCCUACGGCUACAAGUACUCCAACUCGGCAAUCGACUGACAGAGCGCAUCGUUUGAGUGAUUCCUUGAACGCUCUUACCAUUGGUAGAAGCCCCAUCGAUCGAUCCAAGGCAUACUCAGUUCGAACAGCAGACAAUUAUCCCUCAAACACCUCUGUAAAUCGUACUCCUGGUGCCAUUGAUCGAAGCCAUGCAUAUGCACCAACCAGAACCCCUGGGUCGGUUGACCGAAGCAAUGCGUAUGCUCCAACCCGAACACCGGGAUCCAUCGAUCGUUCAAAUGCUUUUGCAAAUCAACCUCAAGCAAUGACCAAUGGAUUGGCGUACUUUCCUGCCAGUGCUGCCUUUGCUAUGGCCCAAGGGUCUGUUCAUGGCGUACCAGUAAUGCUGGGUGGUCUUUACAACCCUUCUUCUCCGCAUGCCAUGCAACCGCAGAUGAUGACUCCCAUACAUGGAUCAACGCCAAUUACUGGAAGUCUUGCAACUAUGGCUCCCGGAAUGUUUGCUACUCCUCCAUUGUAUCCUUACCCAGGUGGCGAUCAGAGUGCAAGUCCAAUUGCGUACCCACAGCAAGGUUUGUGUUACAGCCCUGCUACACCAGUCAACUCUCGAGAAUUGGGACCUUUCAAUCGCUCCAGUGGACGUCGCCAAAACGCUGUUAAGGUUCCACCACACGCUCGUCGAUCUCAUCAGAACCCAGCAGCAGGGCAGCAUAACCAUGUUGAUAUCGCUAGAAUUCGAGGGGGUUUAGACGUUCGUACUACGGUCAUGCUACGCAAUAUCCCAAACAAGGUCGACCAGGCCAUGUUGAAGGGUAUCGUUGACGAAUCAAGCUUUGGACGAUACGACUUCAUGUAUCUUCGCAUCGACUUCUCAAACAACUGCAAUGUUGGAUACGCUUUUAUCAACUUUGUAGACCCCAUCGAUAUUAUCACAUUCGUGGAGGCAAGAUCUAACCAAAAGUGGCACCGUUUCAAGAGUGACAAAGUCGCUGAGGUUUCUUACGCAACCAUUCAAGGCCGAGAUUGUCUGAUUCAAAAAUUCCGCAAUUCUUCAGUCAUGUUGGAGCCAGCUCACUACCGACCAAAGUUGUUCUUCACUCUUAGCGAUCCUUUCGGCAGAGCAGGAGAGGAGGACGUCUUUCCGGGAUCUGACAAUGCUUCAAAGCUCAAGCGCAGUUGCGAAAAUGCCGAGCAUGUCGGAUUAUUCGCACCAAGUGCAGGUCAACACCUUCGUGAUGAGCAACGCCGCCGACGUUCUCAAUAUGAUCGAGGCACCAGCUUGGCUGAGCGUGAGGAAUUUGAUUACGAGAUUCUUGACAACUUUGACAACUCUCAGGGCUUUUACCAAUAUCAUUCUUGUAAGUCUAUUUACAUGGAUCAGUCUUCCUCUGAUGCAGCUAACUUGUCGGCAGAUUGA